GCACAGCCGACACCUGCGAGCACUUGACUGGACUCGUGCAGGGGGAGCUCGACUGACUCUGGAGUACUAACGGAUUUAUUCCUCCUACUAUUCUGAAACAAUUACAAUGCGAAUAGAUAUGUGAAAGAUUUGUUUUAGCCUCGCGCAUUUCUUUAAGAGUAGCCGGUUUGUGAACCUUAGUACGUUAGUAGUAGCUGUGACGUUUGGAAACUUUGGUAACUCGCAGAAAAACGAAGAGGGAACCGAGAAGCUUGCAAACAAAUGGACAUUGACGCAUUUUUGUGAGUUUUGUAGUUUGAGACUUGUCUUCGCUUCGUACAGCGGUGUGCUACGGAAUGUAACAUCUUCCCAUCUUAAGUUACCUGGACUUGAAAUCUCAGUGGGUUUACUGCUGUCAUUAUCAUGAAGAUGAUGCAAACAAUGCUACUAACCCUGAGUUUGUGUAUCUGGGGUUGUCAUGGCAACAACCGUAUAGCACCCCGAGUGCACCUGUCAUAUAAAGAGUUACUGGAGACAAAAACCAUACGGCCAUUCAGUUUCUCCUUCAACACCAGUGACUACCGAAUUCUGCACAUGGACCAGGACCAGGGACGGCUCUACCUGGGCAGCCGUGAAUAUGUGGUCUCUCUGGACAUGCAAAAUGUCAAUAAAGAACCCCUUAUUAUUCACUGGCCAGCGACAGCACAAAGAAAAGGAGAGUGUAAACUAACUGGCAAAGGAGGACAGGGAGAGUGUGCUAACUUUGUGCGUCUGAUCGAGCCAUGGAACAGAACUCACCUGUACACCUGUGGAACAGGAGCUUAUAAACCCAUCUGCACCUUCAUCAACAGAGGCUGGAGAGCUGAGGAAUAUCUCUUCCGGCUGGUUCCUGGUUAUGUGGAAUCUGGAAAAGGAAAGUCUCCAUAUGAUCCCCGGCAGGAGAAUGCAGCAGCUCUUAUCAAUGGCAACCUGUACGCUGGAGUGCACGUGGACUUCAUGGGUACAGAUCCAGCUAUCUUUAGGACUUUGGGGGACCGGCCUGCUGUCAGAACAGAGCAGUAUGACUCUCGAUGGCUAAACGAGCCUGUGUUUAUUAAAAUCCAGAAGAUUCCCGACAGUGCCGAAAAGAAUGAUGACAAACUUUACUUUUUCUUUCGGGAGAAGAGUUUAGACGCUUCAGGGGGCAGCGCUCUGAGCGUUCUCGCUAGAGUGGGAAGAGUCUGUCUGAAUGAUGAUGGAGGUCAAAGGUCAUUGGUGAAUAAGUGGACAACGUUCCUCAAAGCGCGACUGGUCUGUUCUGUGAUUGGUGCAGAUGGUGUUGAAACUUACUUUGAUGAACUGAGGGAUGUUUUCAUACAGAGGACCCAUGAUGAGCGUAACCCCAUUGUGUAUGCUGUGUUCUCCACAGCUGGCUCUGUGUUUAAAGGCUCUGCUGUGUGUGUAUACUCCAUGGCUGACAUCAGAAAUGUCUUCAAUGGGCCCUUCUCUCAUAAACACGGUCACAACUACCAGUGGACACCCUACACUGGCAAAAUCCCCUACCCGCGACCAGGGACUUGUCCUGGAGGAACCUUCACCCCUGAUCUCCACUCCACUAAGGCCUUUUCUGAGGAGGCUGUAAACUUUGUUCGUGCCCAUCCUCUGAUGUAUCAACCCAUAUACCCAAUACACAAGCGCCCCCUGGUGGUCAGGACAGCAGUUGAUUACCGUUUUACUACCAUUGCUGUGGACCUAGUGGAUGCUGUAGAUGGGAGAUAUGAAGUGCUCUUCCUGGGCACAGAUCAUGGAACAGUCCAGAAGGUGAUUGUCUUACCAAAAGACAUCAGCACAACAGAAGAGCUCAUUUUGGAGGAGGUUGAAGUGUUCAAGACACCAGCACCUGUUAAAACUCUGAAGAUGUCUUCUAAAAGGCAACAGUUAUACGUGUCAUCAGAAAAGGGUCUUACCCAGGUGUCCCUGCAUAGGUGUGCUGUUUAUGGCAAGGCCUGUUCAGACUGCUGCCUGGCCAGAGACCCCUAUUGUGCUUGGGAUGGAGAAACCUGCUCUGCUUUCACCCCGGCUACCAAGAGGAGAAGCAGGAGACAGGAUAUCAAACACGGAGAUCCCUUACGCCAGUGCAGAGGCUUCAAUGCUAAAGUAGAGAAGCGUCUGAGGGAGACAGUGCAGUUUGGGGUCGAGGGGAGCAGCACGUUUCUGGAGUGCCAGCCGAGGUCUCCUCAGGCCUCUGUUAAAUGGCUCUACCAGAAGGACGGCAAACGGAAAGCACUUAAUCGAGAUAAAGAAUUCUUGAAUACUGGUCAUGGGAUCCUGCUGAAAUCUCUCACCCAAUCAGAUGCAGGGCUUUACCAUUGCCAGGCAACCGAAAACAACUUCAAACACACCGUGGCCCGCAUCUCUCUACGGAUCCUGGACCGGGAGAUUGUCGAGGCGCUGGCUGAGCCGGACAUCCCCGUUGAAUCCGAGCACCAUCGCCAUCAUUCGCAUCACCCUCCAUCCCCACCCCCUCUCCAGCUCCACCCACUGCCAGAGGUGCGUCUAAUCAACCAGUACUGCAAGACCUACAGGCAGCAGAUCCAGAGCCAAGCCCACAAACCUAAACGCAACAACCGGAGACACACAGGCGAACAGGAAGAGGAGGGGCCACAGGAGCAGUGAGAGGACCAUCUGGACAUGGUCCGUGAAACGCCUGCCACUCUGGUGUGUCCCAUCUUCUCUGUGAACAAUGUGUCCCAUCACUAUGUACUGUCACCUUUAAUUAAUUGAUUGAUUCAUUUAUGAGAUUGAUCAAUUUAUUCUUUAGAUUUAUCAGACUGUGUCUGAAAUCAGUUUUCGUUUUCAUGUUGAGGAGUACUGCCCUACAAAGGCAAAAUGCAGUGACUAUGCCAACACUUAGUCUGAUCUACUAAGUUAUUUGUUGGUCCUACUAAAUACACACAUAGUAAACACUGCUUAGAUAUGUAGAUGAAUCUAAGCAUAGUCGAGCCAAGUGCAUUUGUCACAGGACAGAUUAAAGCAUAAAAGACAGGAUUUUAUGCAUAAAUCGGACAUACGGAGUUACUGCGAUUUGCCUUUGCAUGGCAAUGCAGUUCAAUGUUCUGUGUGCCCCCAACUGAUUUUACUCUAGCUAUGAUAUACUCAUGUCCCCAUUUAUGUUUGUUUUUCUCUAUGGUGAGUUUUGAACAGAGUGCUUUAUCAUUUUAACUGUACUUUAAAUUACUACAAAUUGUCCAGCCAAACCAGCAAAACUACUGCCGUAUUAUGUAUAAUAUAAGCUAUAUCUAAAGUUCAGUACAUGGACGACAACAGUGUAAAUGCUACCAGAAAUUUCCAAAACAGUUUUGCUAUAGAGGCAUCAGAGCUGCAAAAAGGAUUUGGGUUUGUAUUUAAAGAUCACUGAUUCAAUCGGUAGUCUUUAAAUCACCAGACCAUGAAAUACAGCAAUGGGAGGAAUGUUCUGGCGCAUUUGGACAAAGUUCCCUGAGGAUGCUUGGGUGUACUUAGUUGCAAGACUAUAAUUAUGACACACUAUAUCUUGACAUAAUUUGUAUCAUUGAAGUUUUUACUCUUUAUAGUUUUCUAUAGUAAUGUCCUUAGAGAACGUCUAUAUUAUUUUAGUCUUGAUCAAAGACAGAAAUCGAAAGCCUGAAAACUGUGAUUCUGCGAGGUUAACCAUGUUGGUGUAUGAGUAUUAAUCAAAUACUAACAUUUUUUUUCUUUUUUUACAUGUGCGAUAAGGAUUUUCAAACAAAACCAAACGUAUUUUUUAUUAAAAUAUUGAAUGUUUUUCUUCAUUCAUGAUGAAACUAAAUGCUCCAAUUGUAAUAGUUAUAAUUAAAUCAUUGACCUGGAAAGGUAAAUGUUUUAUUUGGACAAGACUGGGGACCAAAAUCAAAGUCAUGACAACAAGGAUUUGCAAAAGAAAAAAGAUUGUAUGCUUAAUUGGAAUUAGGGAUCAGAAUUGUCUCCGUUCUGAUGAAUAAAAUCUGUCCUUCUACUUCAUUAGCUGUAGUGUAAAGCAUCUGCAAAUGUUUUUUUUUUUUUUUUUUGGUUUUUACAUUAAUUAAAAAAAGCAACAACAACAAAAAAAUACCAGUGAGUUUCCCCCUGUUUGUUCCCAAACAACUAUCAGCAAACUGUCCUUUCCUGAUCUGGACUGUUGUAUAUACAGCAGGUAUGGGACAGGGGUGUUCUUCUAGCUUUGACUCGGGACACUGAUUAAAAUCCAAUUAAAUCAUUCUCACCGAGCAUUGCUGCAAACCAUAAUCAGCUCUUCAAUGUCUUGUAUUCCACAAUUUGUCAAUGGUGAAAUGUGGUUAUAUUUUUUACUUGUGUAUAAACACAGUAUCUGUGCUUUGUGUUGUGUGACAAUGACACAUGUACAUAGAAAAUGUAUGUAUGCGUACUAACCUCCUCUCUUUCCUUUUUGUCUUUUUCACCCACACCAUACAACAUAUUUAUUGUGAGAGUGUACAUAUUCAUGUGAGUUGUGCUCUUUGGUGGUGGGACGGGGCUGGUUUUGGUGGAAGUUGUCAUUGUAUGUAUUGUUUUUAAAUGGACCAGGACACAUGGAGAGAUGCUCUGGAGGAAGAGGUAGAUGUUUUUGGAAUCAUUCUAAUUAGCUGAAUCAAACUAUAGGAUAACUAGUUUGCAUACAUUGUUUAUUACAUAUAAAAAAAAAUGAAUGCAUAAUUAAUGAAUCUUCAUUUCAUAAGAUUAAUUUAUACACAAAAAGCUAUGUAUAAAACAGCUGGCAUGAGCUGGCAUAGGAAGAAUAAUUGUUCCAGAAAUGGUCAUACAACCCAAUUCACAUUUGCAGAGAGUGUUUUAAGCCAGAAACGUGUACCUCUUUGAGCACUUUCCAUGGAUUAUCCCUUGCACCAAACUAAAGGACCAGGCAAAGGAAAUGUGUUGUACAAUUUUCUUCUGAGUUCAGUGUUCAGCUAUACUUUGUAUAGAACACUAAUGCCAGCAUCAGAAGUUAUAAGAGGUUCUUCCGUAGAGGCAUAUUUAUAAUGACUAUGAGUAUAAAGAACUCCGUUUGUGGUUUUUACCCCAGACAUGUUAUCUGGUCUUGAAGGGUGCUGAACAUUUGCUCAAGUUCAAACCACAUUUGUCUCUUCUUCACAGAGAUGUUAUUGUGCAGAAUGGCCCACUGUCUGUCUCUGAGGAAAUGUAACACCACAUAGACUUUAUUUGUCCUGUUGUAUCUUUCUAUCUGGUGUUGGUUAUUGAACUAAACAGAACCUUCCUAAUUAUGGUUGCUUCCUAAAUAUUUUCUGUUUGUAUUGACAUGUUUGUGUAGGUUUUUGUUCAUGUGAUUGUUUGUGAUAUAUAUUAUUUUAUUAUCAUGGUAUUUCUGGGUUUGGAAGUCCUGCUAGGUGUUUUUUAAAGCAAUAACAAUAAACUGCUGUUUUUGUUUUCAAUGUAGUUAUUUUUUGUUCUUUUUACUGUCUAACCACAUUCGUUUUCAUUAUGCGCUAUA